AUGUUUAAUGACAUACAUAACCCUUUUAUUCCAAAGAGAAGGGUCUCAAGCUUGGAUAAAUACAAAGCAUCAAGAAUCUGUGAUUUGCCAACUUUUGAUUACAAACUUGACAAGGUAAUUCCAAACAAGACAGCCUUGGGUCACAAAUCAACAGUAGAUUGGUUAAGGAAGAGGCAUAAAACUACAUGAAGAAUUGUCUACCUGAAAUCUCAAAAAUCAAGGAAGGUUGAGAAUCUUUUACAAGAAAUGUUCAACCUUGUUGAUAUUGAUAAGUCAGGAACGAUUGACAUAGGAGAGCUCUACUCGAUAUUCAAAUUCAACCAUUAUAAUAUCUCCAGGAAAUCGUUCAACAAAAUCUUUAGCAAUGUGCCUUUUCAGCAGAUGAACUUUGAAGAAUUUAAAAGUUUAUGAAGUCCAGAAGGAGAAAUGAGAGAUAAAUUCCUAGAGAUGAUAGAAGAGGCAAAGUCCUCCAGCACUACAAAGUUCUUCCCCUAAAAAAUUCGAAUACUUGAUUAAGCACCUGAAGGACUCUAGUCAG